AUGAAGUGGCUCUAUGCAAGUUCCAUUGUCUACAUACCAGCGGCAUACAUCACCAAAGUCACCCUCCUGCUGCUGAUUGCCCGCGUCUUCGCCGUCAAUGAGCGCGUCGCCAAAGGCAUCCACUGGUUUCUCUGGGCACUGCUCCUUCUCUACACCCCCGUGCAAACCAUCAAGAUCAUCAUCUGCGUGCCGAUCAACUCGUAUUGGGACUUUGCCGUAUCGGGACGAUGCAUCAAUCAGCGCAGAGUAUUCAUCGUCGACCUGUCCAUCGCCGUCAUGGCUGACCUCGUCAUUAUCAUCCUCCCAAUCCCGAUGACCUGGUCGCUGAACCUGCCGCUGAAGAAGAAGAUCAAGAUCAUCCUGAUGCUUGGGGCUGGCGGUGCCGCAACAGCCGUCACCAUCUUUCGCUUGAUCAGGGUAGUCCAAUUCGUCGGCUCCACGGACGUAACAGCCGACUUCGGCGUUCUUGGCUUGACGACAUGUGUCGAGCUCACUGUAGGCCUCAUCUGUGCUUGCCUCCCCUCCGUCAAUCUCCUCUUUGAACGCCACCAGUCCGCUCGCAAACGCUCUACGGCCCGCAACGUCCCGCGUACCGGCCGCUGGAGCCCUGCUGUCGACAAGACGUCGCACUGGUGGGACACGGUCACCGGCAGGCGGACAGCUGACGCCACGGCCCUGACAACCACGUCUCAGACGCCGGCGACGGAGCUCUCGCAGACUGCCAUGACCGAGGUUGCUCCAAAUCAGCAGCAGACUUACCCACCAUCACACCGUCGGCAGAUGACCUUCGACGUUGAGCUGGCAAUGUUUACGGGGCAGCCUGUUGACGAAGCAUCGGCUGAGCCAGAGGUUAAAGGAUCUGAUGUGAGGAUUAACUCGUUCGAAGGACGACGGGAGGGAUGGCUCGCGCCUCGAGCGGACGGGGCAGUCGAGUCGAGGGACUUUAAUCAGAUUAUGGGGACAAGGUUAUGGAGCACCAUCUGGGACGGGUGCAAGGACGAUAUCCCGAGAACAUGA